GGAAAAACUAAAUCUUUUAGAUAUGAAAAACAAAAGAGAAACAUAUAAGAAUAAAAAAACAGAUACAAAGGACAGAAUAGAAAAAGGAAUAGGGGAGGGCAAAGGAAAAGGAAAGGGUAAAGGAAAAGGAACGGAUAAAGUUGAUGAGAUUGCUGAUGACACCGUCGACGAAAAUGACGGUAAUGCUGUAGAUUCAGAUGACGAGAGUACGAUUUGUUUAGAGUGCACUGAAUCCUACGUCGAUAGUGUUCCAGGCGAACAAUGGAUUCAGUGCAUAACUUGUAAAUUAUGGGCUCACUCCAAAUGUGUAAGAGGUAAAAAACAAGACAGCUUUUAUACCUUUGAUAAUAAUGCCGAAGGUUUACGUUCCCAAAAAGUGCCCCUACGACAAAAAGGACAUAGAAACAGCCCUAAAGCUAAUAGAUAA